CGCGGCUGACCAAAUCCCCAAACCUACCGGCCCAUCCUCGCCGCUUUCACUUCACUACAUCACCUGCAUUUUUGCAACCCAUCACAUCUGCCCCAGCGAUUACCUACAGCCAUUCUUUGGACCGCGCACGUGUAUACAUCAAACCCGUCGCCAAGAUAUGAGUCGAGUCGGCAAGCUUGCCCCGGAGGUCAACCGAGCUUUAUUCGUAAAGAAUCUAAGCUACAACGUAACUCCUGAAGAGCUCUUCGACCUCUUUGGAAAGUUCGGACCCAUCCGCCAAGUGCGACAGGGCAUUGCGUCGAACACCAAGGGAACCGCCUUUGUUGUCUAUGAAGAUGUAAUGGAUGCCAAGCAAGCCUGCGACAAGCUCAACGGUUUCAACUUUCAGAACCGUUAUCUAGUUGUUCUAUAUCACCAGCCCGAGAAGAUGGCCAGGUCAAAAGAGGACCUCGAGGCCCGCAAGGAGAAUUUAGCUCAGCUCAAGAAGCAGCACGGCAUCGAUUGACAAUCCGACGGGCCUGCUGGCGCCUCGCAGACUUCGACAACUCGGCAGUCUGCAGGUCCGUCUUCACAUCUACCUAAAUCGCCCGCCGGAUCGCCGUCAUUAUCUUUAAAGUCUCUCGAGCUGGUGACCAAGGAUCUUGCGGGCAGCAAAGCAGCGUCGCCCAAACAGGGCAGACCUCCAAUGGCCGCAGGGCGAACCUCACGAAGCCCAGUGUCCUACUUUGCGCGGAAGUUUCUUCCGACUGUACAGGAAUGCGCAUAGUUCAAUCCUGCAAACGACCUGGCUUACGUACAUGACCAUUGAUCUUUAUGCGCGGUUCUCGAUGAUAAUAGGAUCGAUCGCAAUGCGAGAUGUCAUUUUAUUUUCUAUCACUGCGAUGGGCAUGCCCUCAGCUUCACUGUUGGGGACUAAUGGAUACACACCAAGCCUGGCUCUCGUGGAAACAACUCAUUACUUAGACUCUGUAGCUACAGGGUGUGUACUUAUCUACCGUUUCGGGGCUUCGCGUUCAUUUCAUAUUGAGACUUAUAGGUUCACUUACUGAUUGUCCUUUUCUGACUCUUCACGGUUCAUUCCCUCUCACACGUCCAUGUGUGCAAUAUAAAAUCCAUCACUGCAUCCUGGUUUAGAAACAUUGUCACCAUCUAUGUGACUUGAUUAGUUUCCCAAUUCGUUAAAACAGUGUUGCGUUUUGUCCAUUUACACGGAGAGUAUGAAAAUCCAAGAACUUGGGAUGGUGGCUAGGGAAUGUCUCAAUAAUCAGUCAAAUCGCGCUGUCAGUGGGUGUAUUUCUGUGUAACAAAGUUUGCCAACCUCUGAAACAAAAAAUCGACUUGGCCUCCCAAAAGCAGAUACAAACAGGUUGCCAUCGGACUUUGGAGAUCUAAUGAAGGUUGUGAUGGAGAUGUACAUGUAUAUGAAUGGUGAUAAUUCCUGCUCAAGUCCACGUCAACCGUAAAGGCGACGAAUCGUCCAAAGCCCA